AUGGGUAAUUUGCCGGCCGAACGUUUAGAACCAUCUCGCGCUUUUAAAAAAUGCGGUGUUGAUUUCGCAGGUACAGUUACGAUCCGAACAAGUCUAAGAAAAAAAGCAGCAGUAACUAAAGGUUACAUUUGCGUUUUCGUAUGUUUUAGUACUCGUGCUGUUCACAUAGAACUUGUAAGCGACUUGACCAGUGACGCAUUUUUAAACGCAUUGAAAAGAUUUAUAGGCCGUCGAGGUGUUUGUUCAGAUAUAUAUAGUGAUAACGCUACUAAUUUCGUCGGGGCCAAUAAAAAACUUUUAGAACUUAAACAUUUAUUUCAAUCAACUGCUCAUUUAGAUAAAUUGUUUAAUGCAUUAGCAAAAGAUUGUAUUAAGUGGCAUUUUAUUCCCCCACGAUCUCCUCAUUUCGGGGGGUUAUGGGAAGCCUCUAUAAAAUCUAUAAAAACACAUCUUUACCGAGUUUUAGGCGAAUGCUAUUUAACGUAUGAUGAAUUAAAUACAAUUUUAAUAAAAAUAGAAGCUGUUCUGAAUUCUCGUCCACUUACUCCCCUAUCCUCAGAUCCUUUGGAUGCGACGCCAUUAACACCAGCACACUUUCUUAUUGGUGAACCAACUUAUUCAUUACCCGAACCUGACUUGUCGUCCGUACUUGAUAAUCGCUUAAAACGAUGGCAACGUGUUACUCAACUUACGCAGUGUCUUUGGAAACGUUGGAACAAAGAAUACCUAUCCCAACUCCAACCCCGAAAAAAAUGGUUAUCAAGUAAAGGCCCAGCUUUAAGUGUUGGUACUUUGGUGUUAAUUAAAGAAGAUAACAUUCCUCCAUUGUCCUGGUCUCUGGGACGUGUGUUACGUGUACAUGCGGGCUCUGACGAAGUCAUUCGUGUUGCGACUGUAUUAAGUCGCUGCAAAGAAGUAAAAAGGUCUGUUCGUAAGUUGUGCCCCCUUCCAUUCGAAGGCAAUUUCAAUGUACAGUAA